AUGUUCGUACGAACUGCCCUUCUCUCAUUGUCGGCCCUUGUGGCUGCCAAGGAGCUCGCAAAGGACGAGGUCAAGGGAGCUCAGCUUUAUGACUCUGGGAUCAAGCAUGCGAACAACGUUGCGCUCAAGAGGGAAUCCUGGGCCAAGCACGAGGCCGCCGGCGUCUACGCAUCCGAGCAGUACGCUGAAAUUGCAGACUUUGUAGCAUGCUCGAACGGUACCGCCAAAUCAGGCGCGGAUACCUUCAGGUGUAAAAACAUUGAUCUAUACCACUUCCUCUCUCACUCAGCGCUUGGUAGCACCAAGGGUUUCGGUUCGUCCUCUUGGGGAUGGACAAGCUCGGAUGGACGCGAGUUUGUUGCCAUCGGUCAGUCUGACGGUACUGCCUUUGCGGAGAUCACCAAAGCUGGAAAGCUUUCUUACUUGGGACGUCUUCCUCAGUACUCGACCCCUAGCGAGUGGCGCGAGAUCCGAGGACACAACGACUUCGUCAUCAUCGGCAGUGAAGCUUCGAACCACGGCAUCCAGAUCUUCGACUGGAAGAAGCUCUUGACUCUUGAUCCCGCCAAACCUGUGACCUUUACCAACACCGUUGGUAGUGGUCUGGUCGGCCAUUACAACAAGCUUCCCUCGGGUCGCACCCACAACGUUGUGACUAAUCCCAAGGGUAACUACAUCUACUCCGUCGGAGCUCAGCCACGAACCGACGCUUGCAAGUCCGGCAUCAUCUUCAUCGACAUUUCUACUCCUUCGAACCCUGUCAGCGCUGGAUGUGCAUCUGCAGAUGGGUACGUUCAUGACGCCCAAUGUGUCUUCUACAAGGGUCCCGAUACCCAGUACGUUGGUAAAGAGAUCUGCUACGGAUACAAUGAAGACACCCUGACAAUCUACGAUAUCACCAACAAGAAGGCGCCUGUAGUCUUGUCUAGGACCUCCUACACCGGCGCUUCUUAUACGCACCAAGGUGCUCUUCUCGAUGUCGAAGACCAACGCUAUCUCCUUCUCGAUGACGAGUAUGACGAGUACGACAAGACUGGCCCCGGAGCUGCUGGCAACCCAAUCACGUACAUCUGGGACAUUUCUUCGCUCAAAGCCCCGAAGCAGACAGGUCUUUACAAAUCGGGUGCCAAGGGCAUUGACCACAAUCAAUACGUGUCGGGUGGAUUUGCUUACCAGUCAAACUAUGGUACUGGAUUCCGCGUCCUUGAUGUCUCAUCGAUCCCGAGCGACCCGACGGGCGCUGGCGUAAAGGAAGUCGGAUUCUUUGACGUCUACCCAGAAGACGACAACCAGACCGGCGGCGGCGUCAUUGAUUUCGUCGGCACCUGGAGCAGCUACGCUCUUUUCAAGUCCGGCUACAUCCUGGUGAACACAAUGGAACGUGGCGCUUUCGUAUUGAAGAAGCAGGCAGGUGCGUUCUAG